UCUUCCUCCUCUCUCUUUUGCUUGAGUUAGUGUCUUGGCAUCUUUUGGCUUGAGGAUCGAACGCAACUUUUUUUCCCCCUUUUUUGGUGGGGGAUUUGUUUGUAUUUUGGCCCAAAUCAUAAGUAUAAGAAAAAUCCCUAAAACCUGGUCAGCGUGGAGAACUAAAACAGCCCGACUCCAAAGGAGGAAGGAGACCGAAGUGGGGACCUAAGUGUGGGAUUGUUGCUGGUUUUGGACUGGACCCAAAUAUCCGUAGGUGUGUUUGGAAAUAAUGGAGAAUAAUCUUGGAUCUGUUUGGCUACCCAAGCUGGCUUUUCUGCUGUUUGUGGUCUCGCUCCUCACGCUGGAUCUUGAAGUCACCGGUGCACAGAUUAUGGGAUUUACAACAUUGCAUUUCCUGAUUGAACCUUCAGAUGCCGUCACCACACGGGGAACUAACGUUUUGUUGAACUGUACAGCGGAAUCAGAUCAAGGAUUUCCUGUAAUCAAAUGGAAAAAGGAUGGCGUCUUUUUAAACUUGGCAGUGGACGAGAGAAGACAACAGUUUUCCAAUGGAUCUCUUUUGAUACAAAAUAUUGUCCAUUCCAGACAUCAUAAACCCGAUGAAGGCCUUUAUCAAUGUGAAGCAUCGUUAGAAGGAACUGGCGCCAUCAUCAGUCGAACAGCCAAAGUUUCAGUAGCAG